AUGAUCUGGACCGAUUGCGAUAGAGAGGGGGAACAUAUCGGCUCCGAAAUCGUCUCCGUCUGUCGCGCAGCCAAGCCGGACAUCAUCGUUCUUCGAGCAAGAUUCAGCGCGAUCAUACCUGCUCAGAUUCACAACGCGUGUCAGAAUGCAGGGCAAUUGGAUAUGAAUCAGGUCUAUGCGGUCCAAGCGAGAAUGGAACUUGACCUUCGCAUUGGAGCUGCUCUGACGAGAUGUCAAACUAUGGGUCUUCAGACACGAUUUCAGCAACUAGCCGACAGUCUAAUCAGCUACGGUUUGUCACCCCUGAAUCAAAACUUCUUCUCCUAA